AUGAGGUCCCUGUGGUUGAGGUCCCUGCCCACCACGCAGAGAGAGAGGGCAGAGAGGUGGGGACGGGCGGAUAGGGGCGAUGGGUAUGGAGCCGAUGAGGUCCCAGUGGUUGAGGUCCCUGCGCUACUCCCUUCCACUGCAACCCCCCAUGCUCUCGUGCUCUCAUCUCAAGCUCAUCCACCCAUGCGCAUCUUCACUCCUGCUACUCCCUUCCACUGCAACCCCCCAUGCUCUCAUGCUCUCAUCUCAAGCUCAUCCACCCAUGCGCAUCUUGACUCCUGCUACUCCCUUCCACUGCAACCCCCCAUGCUCUCAUGCUCUCAUCUCAAGCUCAUCCACCCAUGCGCAUCUUCACUCCUGCUACUCCCUUCCACUGCAACCCCCCAUGCUCUCAUGCUCUCAUCUCAAGCUCAUCCACCCAUGCGCAUCUUCACUCCUGCUACUCCCUUCCACUGCAACCCCCCAUGCUCUCAUGCUCUCAUCUCAAGCUCAUCCACCCAUGCGCAUCUUCACUCCUGCUACUCCCUUCCACUGCAACCCCCCAUGCUCUCAUGCUCUCAUCUCAAGCUCAUCCACCCAUGCGCAUCUUCACUCCUGCUACUCCCUUCCACUGCAACCCCCCAUGCUCUCAUGCUCUCAUCUCAAGCUCAUCCACCCAUGCGCAUCUUCACUCCUGCUACUCCCUUCCACUGCAACCCCCCAUGCUCUCAUGCUCUCAUCUCAAGCUCAUCCACCCAUGCGCAUCUUGACUCCUGCUACUCCCUUCCACUGCAACCCCCCAUGCUCUCAUGCUCUCAUCUCAAGCUCAUCCACCCAUGCGCAUCUUCACUCCUGCUACUCCCUUCCACUGCAACCCCCCAUGCUCUCAUGCUCUCAUCUCAAGCUCAUCCACCCAUGCGCAUCUUCACUCCUGCUACUCCCUUCCACUGCAACCCCCCAUGCUCUCAUGCUCUCAUCUCAAGCUCAUCCACCCAUGCGCAUCUUGACUCCUGCUACUCCCUUCCACUGCAACCCCCCAUGCUCUCAUGCUCUCAUCUCAAGCUCAUCCACCCAUGCGCAUCUUCACUCCUGCUACUCCCUUCCACUGCAACCCCCCAUGCUCUCAUGCUCUCAUCUCAAGCUCAUCCACCCAUGCGCAUCUUGACUCCUGCUACUCCCUUCCACUGCAACCCCCCAUGCUCUCAUGCUCUCAUCUCAAGCUCAUCCACCCAUGCGCAUCUUCACUCCUGCUACUCCCUUCCACUGCAACCCCCCAUGCUCUCAUGCUCUCAUCUCAAGCUCAUCCACCCAUGCGCAUCUUCACUCCUGCUACUCCCUUCCACUGCAACCCCCCAUGCUCUCAUGCUCUCAUCUCAAGCUCAUCCACCCAUGCGCAUCUUGACUCCUGCUACUCCCUUCCACUGCAACCCCCCAUGCUCUCAUGCUCUCAUCUCAAGCUCAUCCACCCAUGCGCAUCUUCACUCCUGCUACUCCCUUCCACUGCAACCCCCCAUGCUCUCAUGCUCUCAUCUCAAGCUCAUCCACCCAUGUGCAUCUUCACUCCUGCUACUCCCUUCCACUGCAACCCCCCAUGCUCUCAUGCUCUCAUCUCAAGCUCAUCCACCCAUGCGCAUCUUCACUCCUGCUACUCCCUUCCACUGCAACCCCCCAUGCUCUCAUGCUCUCAUCUCAAGCUCAUCCACCCAUGCGCAUCUUCACUCCUGCUACUCCCUUCCACUGCAACCCCCCAUGCUCUCAUGCUCUCAUCUCAAGCUCAUCCACCCAUGCGCAUCUUCACUCCUGCUACUCCCUUCCACUGCAACCCCCCAUGCUCUCAUGCUCUCAUCUCAAGCUCAUCCACCCAUGCGCAUCUUCACUCCUGCUACUCCCUUCCACUGCAACCCCCCAUGCUCUCAUGCUCUCAUCUCAAGCUCAUCCACCCAUGCGCAUCUUCACUCCUGCUACUCCCUUCCACUGCAACCCCCCAUGCUCUCAUGCUCUCAUCUCAAGCUCAUCCACCCAUGCGCAUCUUCACUCCUGCUACUCCCUUCCACUGCAACCCCCCAUGCUCUCAUGCUCUCAUCUCAAGCUCAUCCACCCAUGCGCAUCUUCACUCCUGCUACUCCCUUCCACUGCAACCCCCCAUGCUCUCAUGCUCUCAUCUCAAGCUCAUCCACCCAUGCUCAUCUUGACUCCUGCUACUCCCUUCCACUGCAACCCCCCAUGCUCUCAUGCUCUCAUCUCAAGCUCAUCCACCCAUGCGCAUCUUCACUCCUGCUACUCCCUUCCACUGCAACCCCCCAUGCUCUCAUGCUCUCAUCUCAAGCUCAUCCACCCAUGCGCAUCUUCACUCCUGCUACUCCCUUCCACUGCAACCCCCCAUUCUCUCAUGCUCUCAUCUCAAGCUCAUCCACCCAUGCGCAUCUUCACUCCUGCUACUCCCUUCCACUGCAACCCCCCAUGCUCUCAUCUCAAGCUCAUCCACCCAUGCGCAUCUUCACUCCUGCUACUCCCUUCCACUGCAACCCCCCAUGCUCUCAUCUCAAGCUCAUCCACCCAUGCGCAUCUUCACUCCUGCUACUCCCUUCCACUGCAACCCCCCAUGCUCUCAUGCUCUCAUCUCAAGCUCAUCCACCCAUGCGCAUCUUCACUCCUGCUACUCCCUUCCACUGCAACCCCCCAUGCUCUCAUGCUCUCAUCUCAAGCUCAUCCACCCAUGCGCAUCUUCACUCCUGCUACUCCCUUCCACUGCAACCCCCCAUGCUCUCAUGCUCUCAUCUCAAGCUCAUCCACCCAUGCGCAUCUUCACUCCUGCUACUCCCUUCCACUGCAACCCCCCAUGCUCUCAUGCUCUCAUCUCAAGCUCAUCCACCCAUGCGCAUCUUCACUCCUGCUACUCCCUUCCACUGCAACCCCCCAUGCUCUCAUGCUCUCAUCUCAAGCUCAUCCACCCAUGCGCAUCUUCACUCCUGCUACUCCCUUCCACUGCAACCCCCCAUGCUCUCAUGCUCUCAUCUCAAGCUCAUCCACCCAUGCGCAUCUUCACUCCUGCUACUCCCUUCCACUGCAACCCCCCAUGCUCUCAUGCUCUCAUCUCAAGCUCAUCCACCCAUGCGCAUCUUCACUCCUGCUACUCCCUUCCACUGCAACCCCCCAUGCUCUCAUGCUCUCAUCUCAAGCUCAUCCACCCAUGCGCAUCUUCACUCCUGCUACUCCCUUCCACUGCAACCCCCCAUGCUCUCAUGCUCUCAUCUCAAGCUCAUCCACCCAUGCGCAUCUUCACUCCUGCUACUCCCUUCCACUGCAACCCCCCAUGCUCUCAUGCUCUCAUCUCAAGCUCAUCCACCCAUGCGCAUCUUCACUCCUGCUACUCCCUUCCACUGCAACCCCCCAUGCUCUCAUGCUCUCAUCUCAAGCUCAUCCACCCAUGCGCAUCUUCACUCCUGCUACUCCCUUCCACUGCAACCCCCCAUGCUCUCAUGCUCUCAUCUCAAGCUCAUCCACCCAUGCGCAUCUUCACUCCUGCUACUCCCUUCCACUGCAACCCCCCAUGCUCUCAUGCUCUCAUCUCAAGCUCAUCCACCCAUGCGCAUCUUGACUCCUGCUACUCCCUUCCACUGCAACCCCCCAUGCUCUCAUGCUCUCAUCUCAAGCUCAUCCACCCAUGCGCAUCUUCACUCCUGCUACUCCCUUCCACUGCAACCCCCCAUGCUCUCAUGCUCUCAUCUCAAGCUCAUCCACCCAUGCGCAUCUUCACUCCUGCUACUCCCUUCCACUGCAACCCCCCAUGCUCUCAUGCUCUCAUCUCAAGCUCAUCCACCCAUGCGCAUCUUGACUCCUGCUACUCCCUUCCACUGCAACCCCCCAUGCUCUCAUGCUCUCAUCUCAAGCUCAUCCACCCAUGCGCAUCUUCACUCCUGCUACUCCCUUCCACUGCAACCCCCCAUGCUCUCAUGCUCUCAUCUCAAGCUCAUCCACCCAUGUGCAUCUUCACUCCUGCUACUCCCUUCCACUGCAACCCCCCAUGCUCUCAUGCUCUCAUCUCAAGCUCAUCCACCCAUGCGCAUCUUCACUCCUGCUACUCCCUUCCACUGCAACCCCCCAUGCUCUCAUGCUCUCAUCUCAAGCUCAUCCACCCAUGCGCAUCUUGACUCCUGCUACUCCCUUCCACUGCAACCCCCCAUGCUCUCAUGCUCUCAUCUCAAGCUCAUCCACCCAUGCGCAUCUUCACUCCUGCUACUCCCUUCCACUGCAACCCCCCAUGCUCUCAUGCUCUCAUCUCAAGCUCAUCCACCCAUGCGCAUCUUCACUCCUGCUACUCCCUUCCACUGCAACCCCCCAUGCUCUCAUGCUCUCAUCUCAAGCUCAUCCACCCAUGCGCAUCUUCACUCCUGCUACUCCCUUCCACUGCAACCCCCCAUGCUCUCAUGCUCUCAUCUCAAGCUCAUCCACCCAUGCGCAUCUUCACUCCUGCUACUCCCUUCCACUGCAACCCCCCAUGCUCUCAUGCUCUCAUCUCAAGCUCAUCCACCCAUGCGCAUCUUCACUCCUGCUACUCCCUUCCACUGCAACCCCCCAUGCUCUCAUGCUCUCAUCUCAAGCUCAUCCACCCAUGCUCAUCUUGACUCCUGCUACUCCCUUCCACUGCAACCCCCCAUGCUCUCAUGCUCUCAUCUCAAGCUCAUCCACCCAUGCGCAUCUUCACUCCUGCUACUCCCUUCCACUGCAACCCCCCAUGCUCUCAUGCUCUCAUCUCAAGCUCAUCCACCCAUGCGCAUCUUCACUCCUGCUACUCCCUUCCACUGCAACCCCCCAUGCUCUCAUGCUCUCAUCUCAAGCUCAUCCACCCAUGCGCAUCUUCACUCCUGCUACUCCCUUCCACUGCAACCCCCCAUGCUCUCAUGCUCUCAUCUCAAGCUCAUCCACCCAUGCGCAUCUUCACUCCUGCUACUCCCUUCCACUGCAACCCCCCAUGCUCUCAUGCUCUCAUCUCAAGCUCAUCCACCCAUGCUCAUCUUGACUCCUGCUACUCCCUUCCACUGCAACCCCCCAUUCUCUCAUGCUCUCAUCUCAAGCUCAUCCACCCAUGCGCAUCUUCACUCCUGCUACUCCCUUCCACUGCAACCCCCCAUGCUCUCAUCUCAAGCUCAUCCACCCAUGCGCAUCUUCACUCCUGCUACUCCCUUCCACUGCAACCCCCCAUGCUCUCAUCUCAAGCUCAUCCACCCAUGCGCAUCUUCACUCCUGCUACUCCCUUCCACUGCAACCCCCCAUGCUCUCAUGCUCUCAUCUCAAGCUCAUCCACCCAUGCGCAUCUUCACUCCUGCUACUCCCUUCCACUGCAACCCCCCAUGCUCUCAUGCUCUCAUCUCAAGCUCAUCCACCCAUGCGCAUCUUCACUCCUGCUACUCCCUUCCACUGCAACCCCCCAUGCUCUCAUGCUCUCAUCUCAAGCUCAUCCACCCAUGCGCAUCUUCACUCCUGCUACUCCCUUCCACUGCAACCCCCCAUGCUCUCAUGCUCUCAUCUCAAGCUCAUCCACCCAUGCUCAUCUUGACUCCUGCUACUCCCUUCCACUGCAACCCCCCAUGCUCUCAUGCUCUCAUCUCAAGCUCAUCCACCCAUGCGCAUCUUCACUCCUGCUACUCCCUUCCACUGCAACCCCCCAUGCUCUCAUGCUCUCAUCUCAAGCUCAUCCACCCAUGCGCAUCUUGA